AUGGCCAGCUGUACCACUCCACUUAAGAAUAGUGCUCGCAUCAACCGAGAGUCUAGUUCACUUCAAUUUCUAAUACCCUCUACACCUGAAUCAUACCCUAGGUCUGCACCAGCCAAUUCCUACCACUUCCCUUCCCCUUCACGUGUUGCCGCACCACAGACACCCACCCCUCUUAAAAGAUCUUUUUCAUCAGACGAAAAUUCCAUUCCUCAAUUCGUUCUCCACUCAUCGAGUGCGAAGAAAGCACGGACAGAUGCAACCAGAGUCCCCGAAAACAAUGGCGGCAAGCUCGCCUAUAUACUCUGUGCAAUCGAGCGCGCGAACUGGACACUUUCGGAGUUUCUAUACCAUGCCUUUCGUCCUCCUGUAAAGGGCGAUAAAUCCACUUCUCGAACGACUUCGCAUGCUGCUUAUGUCCAGCAUUUCCUUCGUGGUCGCACCAAGUAUACCCCUGCCGACAUCAUUCACGUAUGGCUUCACUCACCGGAUGGCAUCCUUAGCGAAAACGACCCCGAAAUCAAUUUUAUGUUCGGGAUAACUCCUCCCUACACCGAUGUCAAAAGAACAUCAAACACGCUGUUAGGCCCAGAAAUGAAUGGCCUUCAUUUCUCAUUUGCCCCCUCGAAAUUACGUCAAUCCUCAGACUGGGAUGACAUUGGGAGCAUGACUGUUACCAAAAUCGAAGAGACACUUCGCAAGGAACAACCCCUUGCAAUGGCGCUUCUAGAAGCCAUCGCUACCGGCCCGCAACGAAAGCGCCGAGGAAAAGACACUCAGCGGGGUAUUCGCCCUGUUUGUACACAUGCACUGUCUUCCCUAGCAUUCUGUCAUUCUACUCAUGCCCAGGCCCUGCCAAUGGCACGUGGAAUUCGUGAAUUUGCAUUAUCCAUCCCGUACGAUCUUUUCGUGUACAACAGCCGCAUUGGCACCUCUCCGUCAUAUAGUGCCAUUUAUAGAGCGCUUCAGAUGCUUUCUGUUCGAGAAGCUGAUGAAACCCGCUUGCUCGGACAACAUUUGACAAAACGAGGUGUUCUUGUGAUUGAUAACAUUCAGAAUUACCUAAGGCAGCGUGAUUCUCGUAUCGGUCGCUCAAACAUGAUGAACAUUGGUCUCGCUGGUACCUACAUUGAACUGGAGGAUAUUGAUGUUCGUGCCUUUGACAUGUCCGCCAAGAGUCGUAUCUUUGAUGAGAACAGGCAAACGACUGCUAAAGUGGAAGACUUCCUUGAUGCCAUUGACAAGUCUCACCUCGACACAGUGCUCACACUCCACUGGCUCCAGGUGCUCACGAAAUACGUUCCAGAGCUCUCGUCAUACCAGGAACACGUCGCCAUACUCUUCCGCACACGAGGUGCCAAACUUCAGCUUCCCAUUCAACCCAAUAAAAUCCACCCGCUCGCAACCAGCAGCAAGAACGAAACAGUGACGACGGAGUUAAAGGAUGCCCUUGUGGACUUUUGGGGGCAAAUUGGCCAGUCGGUCGAGGAGUUCCAGAAACAGCUCUUACUUGUCAGUGGUGAUGGCUUGACGUACGAGAAGAUUAUCCAACUCAAGAAAUAUUUACAAUACCAUGGAGACAAGUUUCAGCUGUUCUAA